AUGGAUGUUACUGAUUUUUAUGGUAUCGAAGAAUCUCCAGCUGAUAGAGGUUCAAACGGCUCUAAAAGACUUGUUAAGAAUUGGGGUGCUCAGUUCAGUACUCAAAAACCACUAGGUCUUUUGAAUCAUGGUGUUACUUGUUACACAAAUGCUGCUGUUCAAGCUAUGAUUCAUAUUCCUGCGGUUCAACAUUAUUUGGUUGAUGUUUUACAAGGAAAAUAUAAAGAUACAAUCAAUCCAAGAUCAGUCUCUCAAGUUUUAGCUGAAACUUCAGCAAGAAUGUGGGGACUUGAAAAGAUAGCUCAUAAGAAAGGUGGUCCAAAAUUUAUCAACCCAAAGAAAUUGAUUGGAAGAUUAGACGAUAUCAAUUGUAUGAUGUCGGAAUGGCAACAAGAAGAUUCUCAUGAAUAUUUUAUGUCUCUAUUAUCAAGAUUACAAGAAGAUAGUACACCUAAAGGUCACAAAUUGAAUGAAAGUAUCAUCUAUGAUAUAUUUGGUGGUUCAUUGGACCAAUUGGUCACUUGCAAAAAUUGUGGUCAUGUUUCUAAAACACAACAAGAAUUUUAUGAUCUUUCUUUACAUUUAGGAACUUCAAGAAAGAAUAGUCAAACUGAACCAAUUGAUAAAGAAGAACUUUCAGCAAUUCAACAACAACAAUCUUUAGAUGAAGCUGAAUCAAAACAUAGAUUUUCCAUCAAUAAAUCAAUAAGAGACUUCUUUUCACCAGAAUUGAUCAAAACAGAUAGAUCUGAUAAGAGUGGUUAUGUUUGUGAAAAAUGUAAGAAAAGAACAAAUGCCAUCAAAAGAAGUACUAUUGAUAGAGCCCCUGAAACAUUGGCUGUUCAUUUGAAAAGAUUUAGAUUUAAUGGUAACUCUUCAUCAAAAGUUAAACAAGGAGUUUCAUAUCCACUGAUUUUAGAUUUGUCACAAUAUACUACAAGACAUGAACCUGUUUUGUAUCAAUUGAUAUCUGUUGUUGUUCAUGAAGGUAGAUCUGUUUCUUCAGGUCAUUAUGUUUCUCAUUGUCGUCAACCAGAUGGUGUUUGGGCAACUUAUGAUGAUGAAUAUAUCAAUAUUAUCCCUGAAAAACAAGCACUCCGUGAUCCAUCUGCUUAUUAUUUGAUUUAUACUAGAUUGACUCAUAAAGAUGUCAAACAGGGUUCAGACGUUGUUAAGAAAGCUACAAAUAUGAAACCAACACCAGUUCCAUCUUCAAAAGCUCCAACUCCUAAAUCCAGUCAACCACCAAAAAGCUUGUCACCAACCACCAAAAAGAUGAAAUCGUUACGUGCCGGUAUAAUAACGCCAAGUGUGCCAGAUCCAUCUUUAGUUCAAAAAUCUCCACAAGCUCCAACCUCCAGAAAACAAAAAUUCAAGGGUUUAAAACCAACCAAUAAUUUGGGUAAUCUUGGAGGUAAACAGCAAAAAAGAUAUGCAAAAGAUAGUUCAGGAAAUGCUUCUAAAAGAUUUAGAAAGUAUUAG